AUGGGAUUCUCGCGCACGCAGAAUGGCCAAGAGCGAAUUGUCAGUUACGUCGACAGCAUCGAGAGCAGCAACAUCUAUUGCUUUGCCAGCAAGGAUGGCCAGGUCUACGGGUUUGUGGAUGGGGAUGAGGUGCUGCUUGCAAGGACAACGCCCUUGUUGAAUCGCACUCCAGAAGAGGAGCGCAGCAGCAGUUUGCUCGCUUGGGUGAGAGACUAGAUGUCUUGCGCCUUUUGGACUGCUUCAUCAGCUUACACACAGCUCCCCGCAGCGGACCUGCAUACGCAGCAAACAAUCCAGCGGCUCAAGGAUCUCCCUAGCAAGCACAACGCUAAAGACAAUGCCACGCAAAAAGCCACGGGAGACGCCACGGGAGACGCCACGGGAGACGCCACGUGA